GCCUAAACAAAAGCUAGUGCAGAUUAUUUCAAACAACUUACUGCGAAAAUGUGUUGAGACAGUGUAAGCGAAAUCAUUUAACGUCAAUUUCACGUCUGUUAGUUUAGUUGUAUAUAACUAAGAUUUUCUUGAAUAUGACCGCGAAUGCACCACGUGGUAAAUCGCUAAAGGAUUAUCGUAUCUUUUGCGUGUAAUUCACGCUACAAGUUGGCAUCAAAACUCUCAUGUAUUUUGAGAAAGCAUCCCAAGAUAAAAUAAAUAAGCAAUGUUUUCCAACAUAGCUUGCCUUAGGUUUUUAAAUGUACAAAUGUCCGGUCUUUUUGCCAAGCGAACACGGAGUUCAACCAAAUGUAUUAAAAUAUUGUCUCAGGGGAAAAAACGAAAGUUGGAGCGCGACGACGUUACAUCCUCACUGUCCCUGAGUCCCGAGCAAGUUGAACGGAUAUCCAAAAACAAGAAGGCGGCUCUGGAAAGGCUCGCUGCAAACCAAGCUGUACCGAACGGGAUUGGAGAGAGCUGGAAGAAAGCGCUCAACGCAGAAUUCGGGAAGCCCUACUUUAAAUCAUUAAUGUCAUUUGUUGCUGAGGAGAGGCAAAAACACACCAUCUAUCCACCUGAAAAUGAAGUUUUUACCUGGACACAAACAUGUGACAUAAAAGAUGUAAAGGUUGUGAUUCUUGGCCAGGAUCCUUAUCAUGGACCUAACCAGGCUCAUGGGCUUUGUUUCAGCGUGCAGAGACCUGUGCCACCUCCACCAAGCUUGGUGAACAUCUUUAAAGAACUGGCUUCAGACAUCGAAGGCUUUGAGCAACCUGGUCACGGAGAUCUUACAGGAUGGGCAAAGCAAGGAGUUCUGUUGCUGAACGCUGUGCUGACUGUGCGUGCACACCAGGCCAACUCUCACAAAGACAAGGGGUGGGAGACUUUCACUGACGCUGUGAUACACUGGCUCAGCACUAACAUGCAGGGUCUUGUUUUUAUUCUCUGGGGCUCUUAUGCGCAAAAGAAGGGGGCUGCCAUCGACAAGAAACGACACCAUGUUCUGCAAACAGUCCACCCCUCGCCACUAUCUGCUCACCGUGGCUUCUUUGGAUGUAAACAUUUCUCAAAGACCAAUGAACUGCUGAAGAAAUCAGGAAAGAAGCCCAUCGACUGGAAAGCUUUGUGAUGGUUUAUAUUUGCGAUUGUAGAUGGAAUGCUCUCCCCUGUUUCAAAAGUAACCUUUGUUUUUUGUUAAUUUCCUUCCAAAAUGAUCCAUACCUUCGUUCUGAAUACAUAUUUCUUCUUUUCAAGAUAAGUUUUUGGUUUAUUUUACUUUUAAGUUCUGUCCAUUUUCCAUCUACUUUUUCGUGUUUUCCUUUUAGAUGUUAUUGAUGUCGUUUUAAAU